CCGCGGCGCUGCAGAGUGGCUGCUGGGUGUCAAGUCCAUUUACUUACCGGUGGAUACGCCUCCCCGGCCACCGAAGCAUUCUGUCCUUGAAGCCAGUUCAAAAAUGCCCAGCAAUGACCAAGAACAGCUAUUUGUGAAGUUUUUGAAGUCAUCAGACAACUCCGAGUGUUUCUUUAAAGCUCUUGAGUCAUUAAAGGAAUUCCAAUCAGAUGAGUAUCUUCAGAUUAUUGCAGAGGAAGAGGCAUUGAAGAUCACGGAGAAUGAUAAAUCACUUUACAUCUGUGAUUCUUUUAGUGGCCCUGCUUUUGAUCACCUUAAAAAGCUUGGCUGCAGAAUUGUUGGUCCUCAAGUCGUCAUAUUUUGCAUGCAACACCAGCAGUGUGUUCCAAGAGCCGAACAUCCAGUUUACAAUAUGAUUAUGUCUGACGUGACUGUAUCGUGUACAAGCCUGGAUAAAGAGAAAAGGGAAGAAGUCCAUAAAUACGUACAAAUGAUGGGCGGACGAGUGUUCAGAGACCUUAGUGUAUCCGUAACUCACCUUAUUGCAGGAGAAGUUGGGAGUAAGAAAUACUUAGUUGCUGCCAAUCUGAAGAAACCAAUUUUGCUUUCUUCUUGGGUAAAAACGCUUUGGGAGAAAUCACAAGAAAAACAAAUAACUAGAUAUACUGACAUAAACAUGGAGGAUUUCAGGUGUCCUGUUUUUCUUGGUUGCACCAUCUGUGUGACUGGUUUAAAUGGUGUAUUAAGAAAGACAGUUCAGGAGCUCACAGUGAAGCACGGAGGAACGUACACAGGACAGUUGAGAAUGAACGAAUGUACUCACCUCAUUGUGCAGGAACCAAAAGGACAGAAAUACGAAUGUGCCAAGAGGUGGAAUGUGCACUGUGUGACUAUGCAGUGGUUCACUGACAGUAUUGAGAAAGGCUUUUGUCAGGACGAAUCAAUGUACAAGGCAGAACCCAAGUCAGAGAAAAGGAUUGCGCCUGACACUUCAACUCCCACUGGUAAUGUCAACACAGCUGACAGUCGUCCUCUUUCGGAUGUCAGCCAUAUUUCCAACAUAAAUGGCAGCUGCAUAAAUGAAUCAGUAUUCAGCUCAGCCAAACUGGAGCCUACGCUUGCAGACCUGGAGAACCUGGACGUCAGUGCAUUUCAGGCACCUGAAGAUUUACUAGAUGGUUGUCGGAUAUAUCUUUGUGGCUUUAGUGGCAGAAAGCUAGAUAAACUGAGAAGGCUUAUUAACACUGGAGGUGGAGUUCGUUUUAAUCAGCUCAAUGAAGAUGUCACUCAUGUUAUUGUGGGAGACUAUGAUGACGAUUUGAAGCAGUUCUGGAGUAGAUCAGCACACAGGCCUCUUGUAGUGGGAGCAGAGUGGCUGCUGGAGUGCUUCAGCAAAGGGUACAUGCUUUCUGAAGAAUCCUAUGUCCGUGCCAGCUACCAGCCAGUAGAAAUCCAAGUUUCAAAUCAACCUGAAAACCAGACAGCUCUUUCAGAGAGGCACAGCAGCUACUCCAAGAACGUCUUUUCUCCCAAUGAGAAUCUUAAGCAAGCUGAUGAGGACCUGCUCUCUCAGUAUGUAAAUGAUGGCUCCACAACAGUUGAAGCUGAGAAGUCUGAAGCCACAGAGCCUGAAGUUGGAUGUUGUAACGGUUCUACCCAUGUUGAGUCCCAUCGUGAUUCUACUCACAUUUCUCUGCGAGGAGAAAACCAGGCAUCUGUCAGCCACUGCUCCCCAGAUGCCCCUACAGUUACUGAGGAAGGCUUAUUUAGCCAAAAGAGUUUCCUUGUUUUGGGUUUUAGUGAUGAAAAUGAAUGUAAUAUUGCAAGCAUCAUAAGAGAACAUGCUGGAAAGAUUGUGUCCCUUCCCAAUAGAGUUGUUGCUGACUACGCUGUGGUUCCACUGCUGGGGUGUAAAGUAGAAGCAGCAGUAGGAGAAGUUGUCACAAAUGCAUGGCUGGUUACUUGUAUAGACCAUAAGAUGCUAAUUGAUCCAAAGUCAAACCCUCUCUUCACACCAGUCCCUGUAAUGGCAGGAGUGACUCCUUUGGAAGACUGUGUUAUUUCAUUCAGCCAGUGUGUUGGAGCAGAAAAAGAGUCAUUGGUUUUCUUAGCAAAUCAACUUGGAGCAAGUGUUCAAGAAUUCUUUGUUCGCAAGGCCAACGUGAAGAAAAGCAUGCUUGCCAGCACACAUCUCAUACUGAAAGAGCCAGUUGGUCCUAAAUAUGAAGCUGCCAAGAAGUGGAAUUUGCCAGCAGUCACUGCAGCAUGGCUGUUGGAAACUGCUAGAAUGGGAAAGAGAGCAGAUGAAAACCAGUUUCUGGUUGAAAAUUCACUUAAUGAAGAACAAAGUUUAGAAACUACAAUAACCAAUGGAGUCAAUGUAAAUCCAGAUUCUCCAGUGUACUCUGAAACAAAUGUGGAAACUCACAGGAAAACAGUGGUCACACCCUUGGACACGAGCUGCUUUCAGAGUAAAGCUUUCCAUGCUGUGAUUGUGCAGCACACUGGGCAGGCUUCAGCCUCCCCAGCCGCAAAACAGCCCCUUCAGAAGGAGCCCUCCUUGCAUCUGGACACACCAUCAAAAUUUCUGUCCAAGGACAAACUCUUCAAGCCUUCCUUUGAUGUGACGGAUGCACUUGCAGCUUUGGAAACCCCAGGGUGUGCCAACCAGAGGAAAAGGAAAGUGAGUUCACCGCUCUCAGAAGUCAUUGUGAGAAACCUGAAACUUGCUGUGGCAAAUAGCUCUCGAGAUGCUGUGGCCCUCUCUGCCAGCCCACACCUGAAGGAUGCCCAAGCAGAAAAGGAAGAGACUCCAAAACCACUUCACAAAGUUGUGGUGUGUGUGAGUAAAAAGCUUGCCAAGAAGCAGAGUGAGCUGAAUGGGGUCGCAGCCUCGCUGGGGGCAGAUUACAGGUGGAAUUUUGAUGAAACAGUGACUCAUUUCAUCUAUCAAGGGCGGCCAAACGACAGUAACCGAGAGUAUAAAUCUGUAAAGGAGAGAGGAAUACACAUUGUUUCAGAGCAUUGGCUUCUAGAAUGUGCUCAAGAGUAUAAACACCUUCCUGAAUCUCUCUAUCCCCACACUUACAAUCCCAAAAUGAGCUUGGAUAUCAGUGCAGUGCAAGAUGGCAGACUCUGUAACAGUCAAGCUCCCUCUAUAGCUUCUGCAUCACAUGACAAUGAGCUAAGUCAUUUGCCUGUAGAAGAGAGUGAUACAGAGAAGAUAGUCACCAGUAAUAAAGAGUCAGCAAUGUCAGAUGGAAAUGGAAGGAGUGAAUCCAAAGGGGCUCUGACACAGACCUUGGAGAUGAGAGAGAACUUCCAGAAGCAGCUACAGGAGAUAAUGUCAGCAACCUGCAUUGUGAAGCCACCAGCGCCCAGGAUGAAUCUGUCCAGGAGCGGUUGUAACAGCGCGUCUUCAACCCCGGACAGCGUGCGCUCUGCGCGGAAUGGACGGAGCCGCGUCCUUGAGGCACUGAGGCAGUCUCGGCAAGUGAUUCCUGAUAUCAACACAGAGCCGUCCCAAAAUGAGCAGAUCAUUUGGGAUGAUCCAACCGCGAGGGAAGAAAGAGCAAGGCUUGCCAGCAACUUGCAGUGGCCCAGUUAUCCCACACAGUACUCUGACCUUCAGGUUGAAAUGCAGAAGCUGGAGGAUUCGCCUUUUCAAGAGCCUCUACAUGAGUCAGUGAUUCCUGAACAAGCUGUUUGUAGUCGUGGAAAUGUGUGUCAGCUCCCUAAGGAGGCCGAAACUCCAACAAAAGAAGACCACCUGAUCCCUACGCCUCAAGCCCCCAGCAUUGCCUUCCCCCUGGCCAACCCACCUGUGGCUCCACAACCCAUAGAAAAGGUUGAAAUUCUAGAGGAGACUCGUAAGGAGCUUAAAAAACAGUACAUAUUUCAGAUGUCAUCUCUGAACCCUCAAGAACGGAUUGAUUAUUGCCACCUGAUUGAAAAAUUAGGUGGGGUGGUGAUAGAGAAGCAGUGCUGUGACCCCAGCUGCACGCACAUUGUCGUGGGGUACCCACUCCGCAAUGAGAAGUACUUAGCCUGUGUGGCAGCUGGGAAGUGGGUGCUUCAUCGCUCCUACCUUGAAGCCUGCAGGACUGCUGGACACUUCGUGCAGGAAGAAGACUACGAAUGGGGAAAUAGUUCCAUACUUGAUGUGUUGACUGGUGUCACUGACCAUCAGCGAAACCUAGCGCUGGCAGCAAUAAGAUGGAGGAAAAAAAUCCAGCAAGCACGAGAAUCAGGCAUUGUUGAGGGAGCAUUUAGUGGUUGGAAGGUUAUUUUGCGCGUUGAUCAGCCCCGAGAAGCUGGGUUUAAGCGUCUUCUUCAGGCAGGAGGAGCAAAGGUGUUUUCUGGUCAUUCUGCACCUCUGUUUAAAGAGGCUACGCAUGUCUUUUGUGACUUUAAUAAACUGAAACCAGAUGAAUCAGGAGUUUUCAUAGCUGAGGCUGCUGCCCAGAACGUGCACUGCUUGAAAACAGAAUACAUCGCUGAUUAUCUUACACAGGAAUUCCCUCCUAGUUUGGGAAAUUACUGUCUACCAGGAGCUGCCCCAUUACUUCAGAAUAAGGAACCUGGACAGAAGAGGAAAACGCCUACAGAGACCAAUAAAUUCAAAAAACCUAGAGUACACUAAUCCUAUCUGCUCUUUAGUUACCAAAUGUUGGAGGGGGGAUGAUUGUCUUUUCUUUUUCCGUCCCAAGAAUUGAGACUGUAGCUCAGGGAACAGCACUUGCCAAAAAUGUGCAAAGGCCUGGAUUCAUUUAGUGCUGUAGCACCUCCUCCCCCAACACUCCCCUCAAAGGGAAAGGAAUAUUGCUUAAGCCUGAAUGUUACUGUGAUGGGUUUGUAUAGUAAUUUAAAGACAAGUACCUGAAAAAUUCUGUUUCAAAAUGUAAUGAUAAUCUUACUUUUGAAGAUUUUUAACACCUGAAAUUUUAAUCACUGAAAUAUGAAAUGUCUUAAUAAAAAAUUAUCUUAAGCUGGGCGUGGUGGUGCACGCCUUUAAUCCCAGCACUGGGGAGGCAGAGGUAGGAGGAUUGUGGUGAGUUCAAGGUCAGCCUGGGGUAGUGUAAGACCCUAUGUCCAAAAAACAAAUAUACAUGCACACAGAGUUAUUACCUUAAAUGACAACAAAGUGUCAGGCCUUAGCUAGCUGGUUAAACCAUACUGAGUAUCUAAAGGGCUUUCUAUUUAUUUUUACUGUAAAUAUCUGAGGAUGAAGGUUAGAAAUUUUAAUGAGAUGGAUUUCGCUUCAGAGUGUUGUCAGUUAGAGCUAUUUCAUGUUUUCCCUGAUUUUAUCUUACCAUUUUAUCUCUUCUUAAACAGGAGCCUGAUCAUAAUGAGAUUUAAUGAGAAAGCUAGGGCUUUAAACUUAAAUGUGUAUAUAUGUAAAUGUAUGUACAAACUGCCAUAUUUGCCAAGUGUGGAUAUCCAAACCUGGAAAAUGUGAUAAAUAAAGGAUAAAAACAAA